AUGGCAAAUACUCCUGUGUAUUUUUACGAUGUUGAUAAACCAUUUGGUGAAUUUGGUAAUUUUUAUUCUGCUCCAAUUGAAUUAGAUGGAUACGUUUGGCCAACUACUGAACAUUAUUUUCAGGCACAAAAAUAUAUUUCAAAUGAAAAACAUUUUAAAAAUAUCUUACAAUUAGCUACUCCUCGAGAAGCGUUUAACUAUGUACGAACUUAUCAAUCUGCAGUACGACCAGAUUGGGCAAAUGUAAAAGAUGAUAUAAUGUUUAAAGCAUGUUUGGCAAAAUUUCAACAACAUCCAAAACUUAAACAAUUAUUAUUAUCAACUGGAGAUCGUACUUUAGUUGAACAUACAAUAAAUGAUUCUUAUUGGGGAGAUGGAGGAGAUGGUUCAGGAAGAAAUCAAUUAGGAAUAACUUUAAUGAGAGUUAGAGACUAUCUUAAACAAUAG